AUGGGUGGUGCAGAAAUCAACGUUGCCUAUGACGGCACAUUCGCCGACCUCAGCUCCGCUGGGGAAAGCAUGUUCCCCGUCGACGACACCUUCGACUUCAACCAGUUCAUGUCCGCCACCGAUGGCUUCACCGCCAUCAACGGCGUCGCUGCAACUGGCGGAGUCACCGUCUCGCCCAAGGACAUUUUCAACAACGACUCUGUUCCCCCAUCCACAUCUUUCACCAACCUGACCACUCCUGGCUCUGCUUAUCUCGAGACCCCGGACGAGGAAUACCAGACGUCUCCCCUCCUCGGCACCUUUGACUGCGACAGCCAAGGCGCCGACAACUGGUACUCGCUCUUCCCCGACGAUGGCCCACCCGCCAUGAUCCGCACUACGUCCACAUCUUCAGCCAAUCAAAUCGUAGUGCAUCCUGGCGGCGAAGGCAACCGCAAGCGCAGCACAACUCUUGCAUCUCCCACCCCGUUCACCCCGGUCAUGAAGCAUUCGACCGCGGCCGGCGUGGGCGCUCGCAAGCGUGACAAGCCCCUCCCUGCCAUCAUUGUCGACGAACACGAUACCGUUGCCCUUAAGCGUGCCCGCAACACGGCCGCCGCCCGCAAGUCUCGGGCGAAGAAGGUGCAGGAGCGCGAUGAACUGGAGUUGAAGAUUGCCGACCUGGAGGCACAGGUCGAGCAUUGGAAGUCUAUGGCCCUCACCGGUCACCCACCGGCCGAGAGUGUGGAGGAGUAA